AUGGCUGACGAGUGUCGGGAUAUAAGUGGUACUCAACAGUUGUCUAUUGUCAUUCGGUCUGUUCAUGAUCAAGAUAUUGGUGUAAUUGAUUAUUCAAAUGUAGUGAAAGAAUAUUUUCUUGGUUUUGUUCGAUUAGAAGAAUUUGAUGCAGCAACACUGACACUCAAGAUUGUUCAAUUUUUAAAUAAACUAAAUAUUCGUUUACAAUCAUGUAUUUGUUUAUGUUUCGAUGGUCGUCAUAUUGAUGUUAAUUCAAGUGCUUUAAAAAAUGAAUUUAUUGUUAUCAAAUCUAUUCUCAUGCGUAAAACAAUCAAUGAUGUUAUUCAAUUUUUGAACGAAUUAGUUCCAUUCUCAACUGCAUUUCCACAAACAUUACGAAUGAUCAAAAGUGCCAUAACAAUGCCGAUUUCACAAAGGGGUUAUGGAUUAAGAAAAUAG